CGUCUGCAAUUUCGCCUUCAAUCUAAGAUGGGGCAUCCGAAGUCACAAGUCGGAGCUACGUGUCACUUGUACCGGCGGCUUCGGGGGGGCAUCUGCCUCAGUAUUGCGAUUCUUUCAUUCAUCGACCGUUCUCCCCAUCGACGGCUUUCCGCAUUAGAAAUUCUCGACCACGACAGCGUUCCGGUAAAGAGAUGAAGAAAAGCAGAUGGCAGGUCGUGUGCGUUAG